UAAUUCCAUUCUUCACCAAACCCAAUGACACACACUUACACCACUCUUGCAUCACCUCUCCCUCUCUCUCUUUAGAUAUUUCCAUCACUCCAAAAUUUUCUCAUUUAAUCUUCUUGUCGGCUGCAUUUAUUUGUGAGAAAAUUUUCAUUGAUCAAAAAAUUUAUUUUUUUGAUCUGGAAUAAUUGGGUUAAUUGAUCUUCUUCUUUUGAUCCCAAAAAACUAAAUUCAAAGGCAAAAAUCAUGUUUCUUUUUGAUUGGUUUUAUGGGAUCUUAGCUUCUCUUGGUUUGUGGCAAAAAGAAGCUAAGAUCUUGUUCUUAGGCCUUGAUAAUGCUGGUAAAACUACCCUUCUUCACAUGCUCAAAGAUGAGAGGCUGGUUCAACAUCAGCCAACACAACACCCAACAUCAGAAGAGUUGAGCAUUGGGAAAAUCAAGUUCAAAGCUUUUGAUUUGGGAGGUCAUCAGAUUGCUCGUCGAGUUUGGAAGGAUUACUAUGCCAAGGUGGAUGCUGUGGUGUACCUCGUUGAUGCAUUCGAUAAGGAGAGGCUUUCGGAGUCAAAGAAAGAAUUGGACGCCCUUCUAUCUGAUGAAGCCUUGGCCAAUGUUCCAUUUCUCAUCUUAGGAAACAAGAUUGAUAUACCUUAUGCUGCUUCAGAAGACGAGCUCCGCUACCACCUUGGUCUAUCCAGCUGUACAACCGGCAAAGGGAAUGUAAACCUCACGGACUCCAAUGUCCGACCUCUCGAGAUCUUCAUGUGCAGUAUCGUCCGUAAAAUGGGUUACGGUGAAGGGUUCAAGUGGAUGUCUCAGUACAUCAAAUAGAUGAUGAUGAGUGGAUGAGACAUAAAGUUCCACACAGGGAAACAAAAUGUAGGGAAUGAACUGGAAAGGUUAAAAGAGGUUGAUGGUAUUCAUCAUGUAGUUUGAAAUGGUUUCGAAUUUAAGCGGUUGGGAUUAUGAAAUUAAUACCUUGGAUUUGCAUGGAAUUAACAGCCAGUGAUUUUUUGUAACAUACAGGAUUUUUCCCUCUUUGAAGUUUUGAGCUAGCUUUUUAUA